AUUUGUGGUCUUCAUUCAUAUAGGAUAUUAUCAAACCAGAGUAUAGAGUUAUUGCUAGCGCAUAUCAAGUUCCUCUUUGUUUUGCUCAUCUCAAAUUGAGAAGCGUGGAUUUUCAUGUCCUUAUUUUGACAAGUUAUGAGAUAAAGGUGUAUUUGGCUUUGACGGGGAAAACCAAACAAAGUAGACAAAACAAACAUGAACUUUUAGUGCAUGAUCUUCAAAUACGCCUAUAUAAGUGCGCGCUGAACAAGGAAGGAAAUUAAAGAAUGGCAGAGGUAGUUUCUGGUGCUAUCCAAAUAUUAUUCACAGUAAUAAACGAAGAAGUGUCCUUAAUAUCUGGUCUAAAAGAUGAUAUAGUUGCUAUACGUGAUGAGUUGAAUAGCAUCAAACUCUUACUUAAGAAUGCAGAAGAGAGAUCAGAUGAAGACGACUCUGUAAAAGAGUGGGUGAGACAAGUAAGAACAUUUGCUUACGAAAUAGAGGACGUAAUUGAGGAAUAUAAGCUUUUACAGAAAGGAAAUGAAUUACUCAUUAACAAGGUGAAGAAGAUUGUACCAUUAAACAAGCGAACCAUUGCUAAAAACAUUCAAUCUUUACGCAAAAAGGCAGUUGAUAUUGGUCAGAGGAAAACAAACUACAGAUUCGAUAAUAUAAAUACUAGUACUACUGUCAAUUAUCAGCAACAACAGUUAAUACUUUCUGUGGGUAUGACUGAGGAAUCUGAACUUGUGGGUGCUGAAACUGCUAAAGAGGAUUUGAUUGGAUUACUGGGUUUGCUGGAGUUUGAGGAAUCAUCAUCAAUUUCUACAAUUGCAGUGAUUGGGACGAGAGGAAUUGGAAAGACGACCGUUGUUGGUAGUGUUUAUAAUGAUGAAAUUGUUAGAGAUUACUUUCCUAUUCGUGCAUGGGUUCGUGUUUCGAGAAAUUACAACCAUGUUGACCUAUUAAGGAGUAUGUUGAGGCAGUUCUAUGAAGCUACUAGUGAGGUUGAGCAAUUUCGGAGGUUUACUUGUUAUGAUAGUGAUGUUAACUUCUCAAGAACUUACCCUGCUCUUGAAGGAAUUGAUUCAAUGGAAGAAAGACCCUUGCUGUGUCGAUUAAAGAAGUUUUUGUCAGAGAAGAGGUACUUGGUCGUUUUCGACGACGUACAAGAUGGAGAGUUAGCCUCUUAUGUGAAAAAGGCAUUACCAUACAAUGAUGAUAAUAAAGCUAGCAAAAUAGUAAUGACCACACGCAAUGAAAAUGUGGGCCGUGCAUGGGUUGACGGGUCAGAACACGGGCUAUACAAACUCAAGCCCUUAAAUUCAAUGGACGCAUGGAAACUGUUCCGCAAAAGGGCAUUCAAAAACAAUCAAGGAAAUAAUUGUCCAUCAUUUUUGGAUGAUUUAGCACAGGAAAUCGUCAAAAAAUGUGAAGGAUUACCACUCAUGAUAUCAGAAAUGGGUUGUUUUCUAUCUACCAAGUUAAAUAGCUUGGAAGAAUGGAAAAAAAUGAGUCAAAGUCCUGGGUUUUGCCUACAACAAGAUCAUACAGGAAUUUAUAAGCUCUUAAUCAAAAGCAGUUAUCAUGAUUUACCCCAUUACCUGAAACCAUGCUUUUUGUAUUUUGGUCUGUUUCCAGAAGGUUACAUGGUUGGGAAAUCGAGAAUUAUUCGUUUAUGGAUAGCAGAAGGUUUCAUCAUUCUUGAAGGAGGAAAUAUAAAUGGAGGAUCUGGAUCUAACAAUAUAACACCAGAAGAACUUGCAGAGAAGUACAUUAAACAACUUGUUGAUAUGAAUUUGGUUCAAGAAUUCACAGAUGCUACUGGAAAAACUAAGAAUCUGCGAGUCUCUAUAGUAUUGUGUGAGAUGAUCAUUUCCAAGGUGAAAGAGCUGGGUUUUUGUCAAAUUCCUUCGAAUUCAGAGAUUACUGAAGAAUUUGUACAGCCCCACGCGCGUCGCUUGUCCAUUCACAUGGACCACAGCUUUCAUGAUGCAGAUCAUCAACUCAUGCAGAGUAUUACAAAACGGAAAUCCAGCAUCCGGUCUCUUCUUUAUGCAAAAAUGUAUCUACAGCCUCAGGUGUCGACUAAUUUAUUCUCGAAAAACUUUCUUCUACUGAAAGUUCUUGACUUUUGUAAUGCUCUCAUAGAUUACCUUCCUAAAGAAGUGGGUGAGUUACUUAACUUGCAUUAUUUAAGCCUAAGAAAUACUCAAAUUAAGAGGAUUCCGAAUUCCAUUGGUAAGCUUCAAUAUCUCCAGACAUUGGAUUUGAAAGGAACUCCAGUUUACGAGCUUCCUGUUGAUCUUAACACGCUCCACAAGCUUCGUCAUCUUCUUACAUAUUGCUACAAGUAUGAUUCUGGGUUUAGUCUCCACACCCAGAAGUUGACAGGGGUGAAAUUACAGGAAAAAACAUUGGAGAAAUUUGGGGAAUUACAGAAGCUAGCAUUUGUUGAUGUGGGUCAUACUCAAACAAAUAGUGUGGUCAAGGAGUUAAGAAAUUUGAGGCAAUUGAGAAGACUAGGAAUAACAGAGCUUAAGUUUGAAGAUGGGAAAGAUCUUUGUACUGCAAUUGAAGAGAUGAAGUUCCUUGAAACAUUCAGUGUAUACACGAAUGAAUUCAUUGAUCUUGAUCAUUUCCAAUCAGCUUCUGAACUGAUACUAAAACGCCUCUACCUGAAUGGACCAUUGAAACAGCACAACACUGGCUGGAUCUUAGAACUCCAUAGCUUAGUGAAAAUCCGAUUAAGGUGGUCACGUUUAGAAGAUGACCCUCUUCAUAUCCUGGAAACUCUGCCAAAUUUAGUGGAACUUCAAAUGUUAGAGGCAUAUGAUGGUGACAACUUACACUUUGGAAAUACUGGGUUCAAGAAGCUUAAGAUACUACAUCUUCUUGAUCUGGGUAACCUUAAAUCUUUGUCUAUAUGGAAAGGUGCUCUGCCUCUGCUUCAACUAAUGGCUAUUGGCCAAAGCAUGAAACUGCAGGUGCCACUGGGAAUCAAGCACCUUUCAAGACUGGAAACACUCAAUUUCUUUGAUAUGCCACUGGAUUUUGCUCGUAGUCUUCAACAUAAUGGGAAAUUUCAUUCCAUUGUUAAGCAUGUACCUAAUGUGUUGUUUCAGAAGAGUGACCAAGGGAUCUGGGAAACUUGCUUCCUUUAAUGAUCAUCAAAUCAUGCAGAAACAGAAUGUAGAAGCAGAAUGCUCAUACUAAAACUACAUUCUGAUUUCUCCCAUCCGGGAUUUGUUGCGGAUGUAUUAUUGGAGGAUAGACCUUCCCUGGACACUAUUGUAUAUUGUUAAACUUUUAAUACUUCAUCCGUUUCGGAAAUAUCGCACCAUUAUUUUUUACACUAUUGACGUUACGUCUUUGGCCAUUUUUUUGUGAUUCAUACGUAAAGAAAUUUUAGUCACGUGGGGUCGUGUGAGAUACAUAUUGAUAUAUAUUUUCAAAAUAUUAAUUUCUUAUAAUUUUUACUUGCACACGAUUUGAGAUAUUAAGAGUCAAAGUAAUGGUAGAGAAGUAAAAGUCAACUAUGGUGCGAUAUUUUCGAAACGGAGGAAGUAUAUCGUUCCAAGCUUGCAUAAAUAAUAAAAAAAGUUAAACAAAAAUUAAAAAAUGAUUCUGUGUUUAGAGCCUAAUAUCAGAUAAUUAAUUAAUUGCUGCAAAUGGAACCGUACAUUGCAUUACUUGCCUUUUUUAAUUUAGAAACUAGUUUUUACAUUAAUGAUAUUCAUAUUUACUUAUAUUGUUUUUUUUUUUUUCAAUGAUAACAUGAACACAUGUAAUAGCUUACUGGUAAAGGCUUUAUCCUUUAAACUAACGAUCAUGGUUUCAAACCUUAUGAAACCAUAUUUGAUAUUUUAAUAUAUAAUAUAGAUACUACAGCAACAGUACAUUGGAUUACUUUCUUUUCCUUACCUUUUUCACCCUUUCUUGAUUUUAUGUUGAUGCAAACACAAGGUUAUC